UCUUCAUUUCAUUCCUUCACUCUUUCUCUAACAGUCUUCCCUCCGUUACCUUCGCCUUCGUUCUUCGCGACUCCAAAAAUCUCUCUCCUUCUUUCUCCGCCAAGCACUUGUUUCCUCUUCCAUUCUCCCCGCAACAACCACCGAUUUCGAUUUCCUAAUUUCUUCUCCUUCUUCUUCAUUCAAUUUCCUCUCCAUUUCCUUCAAAUUUUCAUUCUAGGGUUUGCUUUUUGUACUAUGAGGAUGAGAGAGGACGUUACUUGUAGAAACGUUGAUGGCGGUGGUGAGAAACUAGAAGAUGAAGUAGUAGAGGAGUGUCCGCUGGUGAAUGCUGGUUUUUCUUCGCCUAAGAGACUGGUUGUGGUUGGUUACGCUCUUACUUCCAAGAAGAUUAAGAGCUUUUUACAGCCCAAGCUUGAAGGUUUAGCUAGGAACAAGGGGAUACUGUUUGUAGCUAUUGACCAUAAUAGGCCUCUUUCAGACCAAGGUCCUUUUGAUAUAGUGUUGCAUAAGUUAUCGGGGAAAGAGUGGCGCCAAGUUCUUGAGGAUUAUAGGCAAUCACACCCAGAAGUCACUGUCUUGGAUCCUCCAGAUGCCAUACUAUGUUUGCGCAAUCGUCAAUACAUGCUUCAAGCUGUUGCAGAUAUGGACCUUUCUGAUUCCUAUGGUAAAGUUGGUGUUCCUCGGCAAUUAGUUAUCAAGAGAGAUGCUUCUGCCAUACCAGAGUUGGUCAACAGAGCUGGCUUAACUUUACCCCUUGUUGCAAAGCCACUGGUUGCUGAUGGAAGUGCCAAGUCCCAUGAACUAUCCCUUUGUUAUGAGCAAUACUCCCUUCAAAAACUUGAACCUCCUCUUGUUCUUCAGGAGUUUGUCAAUCAUGGUGGUGUUCUCUUUAAGGUUUAUAUAGUUGGUGAUGCUAUAAAGGUAGUCAGACGGUUUUCCUUACCUGAUGUUAGCAAGUGGGAGCUCUCCAAUGAUGCUGGCAUAUAUAAUUUUCCAAGGGUUUCUUGUGCUGCAGCCUCUGCAGAUGACGCAGAUCUGGACCCCAAUAUAGCUGAGCUUCCUCCGAGACCCUUACUUGAGAAACUGGCCAAAGAACUUAGAUGGCGAUUGGGUCUUCGGCUAUUCAACUUGGAUAUUAUCCGUGAAUAUGGGACUAGAGAUCGCUUCUAUGUCAUUGACAUUAACUACUUCCCUGGAUACGGCAAAAUGCCAGAAUAUGAACACAUAUUUACAGACUUCUUGUUGAGCCUGGGGCAGGGGAAGUAUAAGAAAAAAUCAGGCUAAAGUAGCUCUUUGUAGCCCCUGUGAUUUAAUUCCUGUCAUAAAGAAAAACUUCAAAAGGCUUGUUCUUGUUUUGGGAACUUCGGCCAGUACAGAACAGAAUGCUACAUUGUGCUGGAACAAGUAUUGUUGCAUUAACCAGUAUCAGUACAAGAAGGUCCGGAGCUAAUCAUGCAGUUCCGGCUGCCGGUAACUUGAUCAACGAGUACGCGCAAGGCUGUUAUUAGUGAAAUAUUGUCUACGCCCCGGGGUGGUGUUGACCAUAUGAUCUUCAUGUUUGAUAAGUUGACGGAUUUAUAAUGUACUGACCGUUCUUUCACUGUAUAUAGGUAUAAGUUCUUGACAAUAGGAAUCUAGUGCAAAUUUUCAUCACCUUCUCGGUCAUGAAAUCUAAUUAAUGCUCUAUAUUUGGUUGUAAUUACCUCAGCAGAAUGCUGAACAAUCCUACAUCCCUUUGUCAAAGUCAUUGCAAUUGUGUGUAAACUGGAUGGCUUGUGGAUGAACAGUUCUUUUUUGCCCCA